AUGGGCCUCUUUGACGGCCUCUUCUCCGGCCUGCGCGACGACGGCACUGGGAGCGGCGACCCAGAUACCGCGGCGCCGCCCAUGGCCACGGACGACGCGGCGUCGGCGUCCUCGUCGGCGCAGCUGGGCGGCGGCGACAUCUCCGCGCUCUCGCCCACCGCCGCCUCCGUCGUCCAGCGAUGCGCGCAGAUCGCCGGCGUGCCCGUGGAGCAGCUGGUGCGGCGGCUGGAGCCGGACGAGCAGCCGCCGCUCGCCUACGCCAGGAGCAUCGUGGAGUACUGCUCCUACGUCGCCCUGCGCGCCGAGACCCGGCGCCGCCACGACCAUCUCGGCGACAGGGAGUUCCACUCCCUCACCUACGACAUGAUGCUCGCCUGGGAGGCGCCCGACCACGACACCGACGCGGAGCUCCAGAAAACGGCGUUCGCCUGGGGCGGCGACGGCGACGACGAUGACGACGACGGCGGGUCCAUAUUCUACUCCAGCCCCACGAAGACGGCAAUUCAGGUCAGUCCAUGGCUUCGGCUCCACAUAAUUGUGCUCUGUUCUUGCUCAAUCUAUUCGGUCAUAUGUUCAUAUGAUUCGUUGAUGGAUUCUGGAAUGGAUGUGCAGGUUGACGGGAGGAGGACGGUCGGGCCGGAGGCGUUCGCGAAGAUCGCCCCGGCCUGCCCGGCCGUGGCGCACCCGAUCACCGUCCGCAACCUCUUCGACGCUCUCACCAACUCCACCGGCGGCCGCCUCCACUUCCUCAUCUACCACAAGUACCUCAAGAGCCUGGACGACGUGCUGAGGUCGACGAAAUGCAUAUCGGGCGGGCACAAGGCGCCGGCGCUGGACCUCUGCGACGGCGAGGUGGUGCUCGACAUCUUCGGCGCCGCCACGACGCAGCCGGUCCUGCAGCACAUCGGCACGUCCACGUGGCCUGGGAGGCUCACGCUGACGAACCACGCCCUCUACUUCGAGGCCAUCGGCGUCGACUUCUCCUACGGCGACGCCGUCGUCUACGACCUCACCAAGGACCUGAAGCAGUGCGUGAAGCGCGAGUCCACGGGGCCAUGGGGUGCCCACCUCUUCGACAAGGCGGUCAUGUACAAAUCUAGCUCCAUAAAUGAGCCAGUGUUCUUCGAGUUUCCCCAAUUCAAGGGCCACAGCCGGCGGGACUACUGGUUCGCGGUGAUCAAGGAGGUGCUGCACGCCCACAAGUUUAUCAGGAGGUACCGGCUCACCGGCUUCAAGAAGGCGGAGGCGCUCGCUGUUGCGACACUGGGGAUCCUCCGGUACCGCGCCGUGAAAGAGGGGUUCCACAUACUGCCGGCCUACUUCAAGACCACCCUGGCAUUCAACCUGGCAGAGAAGCUGCCCAAGGGGGACAAGAUAUUGGAGGCAUUGUAUGGCCAGCUGCAGGAACAUUGCUCGAGGUUCAGGGGAGGCGAUGACCUGGCAGCUCAGGGCAGUUCCGACGAGCUGGCACUCGCGGACCCAUUUCCGCUAUCGGCAUUUACGCUCGUGCGGAUGGGGCUGCUGACGCUCAGGGAGGAGGACAAUCCCGAGGAGAGGGAUUUCGCCGUCGGAGAUGUGCAGAUUGGAAGGACUAGCUCCGUGCAAAUGGCUCUGGAGCGAUCUGUUGGGUAUUCCGGUAGAGUGGAGGCCGCGCGCGCGACACUCGAUCAGGUCAAGGUGGAGGACAUUGACACCAAUGUGGCUGUCCUGAAGGAACUAGUGUUUCCUUUGAUUGAAAUAGGCAAAAGGCUUGUCUUUCUGGCUGAGUGGGAAGAUCCACUUAAGUCAUAUGUUUUCUUGCUCUGUUUCCUCUACAUAGUUUACAGAGGAUUGAUAUGGUACAUAUUUCCCGGCUUUUUGGUUGGGUCUACCGCUUUCAUGCUAUGGAACAAGCACCAUGGCAAUAGGCAUUUCAUCGAAGCAUUCGAAGUCACAACCCCGCCUCGUCGACGAACCGUUGAACAACUCCUUGCUCUACAGGAAGCCAUCUCGCAGCUGGAGGCACAUGUCCAAGCUGGGAACAUUUUUCUCCUGAAGCUUCGGUCCCUCAUGCUCGCAGCUUUUCCGCAGAGCACGAACAAAGUCGCGACAACAAUGCUCGUUGCGGCUGCAGCAUUUGCGUUUAUGCCGUUCCGGAUCAUAUUCGUGCUCAUCCUGUUGGAGGCUUACACGAGGCACAUGCCACUGAGGAAGAAGAGCAGCGAGAAGCUGGUGAGGAGGUUGAGGGAGUGGUGGCUACGGAUCCCCGCUGCACCCGUGCAGCUCUUGAGGCCUCAUGACACCAGAAGAUGGAGGUCGAGGCGGAGAUAA